CGUGGUGCUGAUGCUGUGACAAUGGGAGUCCUCCAGGUCCGCAGCAUCUGGACCGAGCUCUGCUAGGAGCUACGUGGCCGCGGACGGACUCACGACCACCGGGACACCGCCGUAGACGGAGCCGCUUGUGGCUGGAGCUCGGAGAGUUGAGUGAUGGCGGUGUUCAGCCGGCAGAAGUUCUUCCAGGAGCUGGCUCACGGCUGCCUGCUGCCCACGGCCCAGCAGGGCCUGGAGCAGGUCUGGCAGCUGCUGCUCAUCUGUCUGCUCUGUCGACUGCUCUGGAUGUUGGGUCUCCCUUCCUAUGUGAAGCACCUCUGCACGGUGGCCGGAGGUUUCUACACCCUCUACCUGUUCUUUGAGCUGCACAUGAUCUGGGUGGUCCUCCUCAGCCUUCUCUGCUACCUCUUCCUCUUUCUGUGCCGCCAUUCAACUAUUCGGGGCACCUUCCUCUCCAUCACUGUGCUCAUCUAUCUUCUUCUGGGAGAGCUGCAUAUGAUGGAUACCAACAACUGGCACAAGAUGAGAGGAUCACAGAUGGUGGUCGCCAUGAAGGCCAUCUCUUUGGCCUUUGAUUUGGACCGGGGUGUCGUGGCCAGCGUCCCCUCACCCAUUGAGUUCAUGGGCUAUAUUUACUUUGUGGGCACCGUCAUCUUCGGCCCCUGGAUUAGCUUCAAUAGUUACAAAGAAGCUUUGGAAGGGCGUAGGCUGAGCUUAGCGUGGGUAUUAAAGGUGUCUAUUAGCUGGGUGAAGAGUCAGAUAUGCCUAGUUAUUUCCAACUGUGUGGCACCGUACCUCUUCCCCUAUUUCAUACCUAUCUAUGGAGACAAGCUUUUACGAAGCAAAAAGAGACGGAAAAUCAGAGGUACGCUGGCAAAGUGGUUGUUGGCGUAUGAGAACACAGCGUCUUUCCACUUCAGUAAUUAUUUUGUCGGCUAUUUGAGUGAGACGACUGCCACUCUUGCUGGGGCAGGCUUCACCGAGGAGAAGGAAAACCUCAAAUGGGACCUGAGCGUGUCCAAGCCUCUCAGCGUGGAGUUUCCCCGGUCCAUGGUGGAGGUGGUGACGUCCUGGAACCUGCCCAUGUCCCGCUUCCUGCACACCUAUGUUUUUAAGAGUGCACUUAAGUUUGGGACGUUCUCUGCCGUCAUGGUGACAUACACAGCCAGCGCCCUCCUGCAUGGCUUGAGUUUUCAUCUGGGUGCAGUGCUGAUAUCUCUGGGCUUCAUUACAUACAUUGAGCAUGUACUGCGGAAGAGGCUGGCAGUCAUUUUUAAUGCGUGUAUACUGUCAAAGAGAUGCCAGCCAAGCUGUAGUCACCAGAACAAAAAGGCGCUGUGGGUGUAUGUGAUAAACAUAGCAUUCAGCGCUCUGGCAGUACUUCACUUGACAUACCUGGGUUCUGUUUUCAACUCCAGCGUGGACUACAUGGAGGAGGAUGAAGACGACAUCACCAAUCACACCAUUCAGAAGUGGUCAGAGCUGAGCUGGACGAGCCACUGGGUCACGUUCGGAUGCUGGAUAUUGUACCGCCUCAUUCUCUAACAAUAAAGGACAACGAAAGCAAUACUGAGAGGUGUAAAGCAGGUUUCCCACUUCUGCACUGUGACUUUAUUCUGCGACGGACUGAAGCGUACAGAGUCGACCUGUAGACGACAGCGACCCGACAUGCAGCGCUCAUGUUGGAGGGGUAAUCUCCUGAAAAGUUAGCCCGUGCUGCUCUCCUUUUCUCCGUAUCACAUCCUUGUUACCCGAGUUGUCGAGCUCCAGUCGUGACAGCAGCUCCAGAUAUCACACCGUGAGCCACGAUCAAUAGCUAUCAGCACAGAAAAGAACAACUGCUCCUUUCUGCAGACUCACGUGCGCGAUGUCCUUCAAAUCGUAUAUCCCCCCUCUUCAGCUGUUUUCCAGUCAUACUUUAAGGUUUGAAGGAUGAAGCUGGCGACAUUCAGUAACCUUCUUACAGCCAGCAAAUCCAAUUAAAUGACCAAAAUCAAUAAUGCAAUUGUCUCUCUCAGUGCUUUCUGAUUUUCCUGGCCUGUUUGUUGGUGGUACUCAGACCUUAAUCUGAGUAACUGAAUAGGAUCGUUUGUCAAUUUUGACAGACAGUUUAUGCAAAGCAAAAAAAACGAAACAAAAGUGAAGUUUCAUCAACCCUGGUGGACAGAUGAAGCACGGGGAAAUAAAUAACCCUCUGAAUUAUAUUAUGAAUCUGGAUCACUUUCUUUACAAUUACAAAAAUGUGAUACUGGCCUUGGAAGUCGACGCACUUCUUGUUUAUUAUGCUUUAAUUUUUAGAAAAGGCCAAAAAAAAUCUACUGUAUUUUCUGGACUAUAAGCUGCAGCUGCAUACAAGCCGCAUCCGAUCUAUUUAAAAAAAAAGAUAUGCAAGCUGCAGAUAUUUAUGUUGUUAGAUUAGAUAUUUACUACAUGCACAGAACAAUUUUGAACUGUAAAUGAUGUACAUGUUUGUACCUAAAUAGAUCCUUUCCUAACAGUGUCUUUUAACACGGCAGCAACUUUGCUGAUUAAAACGGGACAGAACCAAGAGAAAAUAACCGGUAUUUAUUUAUCUAUUUAUCUGUUUGAAAUCUGUUUCUACCUACUUCUAUCUGCUAAAGAAGAAGUAGCGUAUUUUUCUUUGCAUUUAUUUUGUCUUAGUUUUGAUUCUAAUUCCGGUUAGAGCUCCCCGAGCGGUGGAAGAAAAAUCCACAGAAUAGAAUAACCUUUGUAUAAGCUGCAUGGUUGAAAACCUAUGAAAAAAGUAGCGGCUUAUAGUCCAGAAAAUACGGUAAACAACCAGAGUCCUCAGAGUAUUUCAUUCUUGCUAAGUCACAAUCCCACCGAUUCUGCUGCUAAUAUACUCGUUUGUACACUCUUUGUAGAGAUUGUUAGUUUUGGUCUUUUCAUCGGAUCUGCUGCGUAUUAUAACUAUAUGAAAAUCCCAAGACUUGGAUCCUACAACGGACCACGAGGAAGACAACAAAGACUUUACUUUUUAAUGAAAAGAGCACAGAUUAUGCUUGUGAGGCAGCAUUUCUCAUCGUCACCAUUAUUCAUUUUCCAUUUAGUGAUUUUUAGAUUAAGAAAACGAAUCAGUAAGUCUAUGGAUAAGUUUUGUAGUGAAGUAUCCUGAUGAUAUUUGAAUUUAGUUUUGUGGUUUGUUGAUAAUUUCCUAUGAAUAGAAUGAUUUGCUUCAGGAUGUUAUUCUUUGUAUUUAUUACACUUUUACUCUCCAACCCUGAAAAGUAAAUUUCAGAAUCAGGGCGUUUUGAGACGUAUUACUGAACAGCAGAAGUGUUAAAACUGCUUUUUCCAUGUUGUAUACACCUCCAAACUGAAAUCGCACUGUAAACUGUGUCAACUAUUUCUCAGAAGUACAGAUUUUUACUAUGACAGAUGCUUUUAAUGAAUAAAUUGUGUGAUUAUUGAUAACCUGAUUAAGAAAGAAAAGGCAUUUGCAUUGGAUUGUCAUCACUGUCUUCCCAUAUUUUAAAUCUAGAUCAUCAAAGAUUUUGCUUCCUGAGAGACGUGGUGUUAAAUGAGAACUAGAAUCUUUGCUCAAGUGUGAAAAAAAAGUGCUUAGUCUCUGUAAACAUGUGCUAACACCAUCCAAUCCAACACGUUUCAAAAGUAUAUUUCUCUGAUGUUUGGUUAAAGCCAAUGUUUUGUCCCGGUAAAUGUUAAAGCACUGAUACCCCUGUGAUAUUUUUAUAAAAAUUUUACAUGAACCCCAGAAAUUUCUGUUUUAAUUCAUUGUGAUUAAUUGUGAGAUGGUAAAUAAGAAGGUCACAUAGUCAU